AUUUAUUCAGAUUAGACAUAUAUACAAAUAUAGGCAGUGUCUGGGUAGCCUGAACUUUAUAGGAUUAGUUUAGAUAAUUUAAAAGAUUUGAUUUUCAUAUUUCGUAGUAUAAUGUCGUUAGUGAUUAAACCGGUUAUGAUGGAACCUUGCUAUAUUCAAGAACAUUAAAUAUAAUAUCAUCAGUACUGUUUUGCUUUUCGUCCGGCUCACACGUUUUUGUCACAAAAUAAUGUGUUUGGAAUAAAAAGUGUAAUUUUUUUUAAAAAUCUAAAUCAGUGAUUGAAAUAAUUAAUAAUUCCAAUGUCAACGUGAUAUAAAUCGAAUAAAACAAUUCACCGGGCCGCGGUACCUUGAAAGUGGGUUUUUUUCAAUCAUAGGUUUUUCCUCGUUUUACAAGUGUUUGCAAGAUGAGUUUGAAGUUGUCUUUCAUCCUUUUUUUAGUGCCCUUUAUACAAUGUGAUCAAAGUGGAACCGAUUUGAAUGCGGACAUUAUUCGCGAAAUCUUCGGCAAUGCAACAUACCAAGCGCCUCCACAGGCGAUCCAGGUGGCAGCUAUCACACCAGCAAAUAACACCUUAGUGGAUCCAGAAUAUUUGGAAACCAUGGACGUCUAUUACCCAGCUGCAGCUGACUACGAUAAAUUUGACUGGACUCUUACAAAGCGUGUAGCGGCAUCGUCGGAGGAGAACUUCUUGCUGUCUCCAUUGGGGCUGAAGUUAGCUCUUGCUAUCCUGACAGAAGCAGCAACAGGAGCCACACAUGCUGAGCUAUCUUCCGUGCUUGGUUUCGACCUCGACAGAGUUCUGGUUAGGAAAAAGUUUGCCGGUAUAUUGGACUCACUACAGACAAAAUCUUCGAAGUAUAUACUAAACUUGGGUAGCAGAAUCUACAUCGGAGAAAACGGUGAACCUCGUCAACGAUUCGCUGCGAUCGCCGAGAAUUACUAUAAGACUGAGUUAAUGAAGAUAGACUUCGGCAGUCCCGUGGAAGCGGCAACUUCUAUUAACGAAUGGAUCUCUAACAUAACUAUGGGACGGAUACCCAAUUUAGUAAAUGCAGAUGACGUCGCAGGAGUUGCGAUGUUAGUGCUCACGACUCUUUACUUCAAGGGUACUUGGCGACACCAGUUCGUUCCUAACGCUACCAGGCCGUCUUCGUUCUACGUCUCGUCAAAAUGCUUCAAGGAGGUCCAGUUUAUGAAUGUCAAAAACAAGUUUUAUUACGCCGAGUCAUCUAAGUUCGACGCGAAAAUUAUAAGAAUGUCGUAUUUGGGUGACAAAUUUGCAAUGUAUAUUGUAGUUCCAAACUCCUUAACCGGAUUGCCGCGCGUAUACAACAACCUCAGUGACCUUCGCAGUGAGCUACACCUGCUCCAACGGCACUUGGUAGAUUUGACCUUGCCAAAGUUCAAAUUCGACUACACUUCGAUCUUAGACGGCGUACUAAAGGAGUUGGGUAUUCGAGAAGCGUUCGAAGACACGGCUUCGUUCCCCGGUAUCUCUCGUGGGCAACUUCUGUCCCAACGGCUAAAGGUGUCGAAGGUGUUGCAGCGGUCUGGCAUCGAAGUGAACGAGCUUGGCAGUAUAGCUUACUCGGCUACAGAAAUAUCUCUGGAAAACAAGUUCGGCGAAGAUGAGUCUUUCUACGAGGUGGUGGUUAACAGACCCUUCAUGUUCUUCAUCCAGGACGAAGCUACAAGACAGUUAUUAUUUACAGGUCGCGUAUCAGACCCAAGUCUCGUAGACGGUGCUUUUAAGCUCUCAUAAUAGAUCGACAUAAACACAAAUCUAAGUUUUACUAUACCUACCACUAGGGCUAAACUCAAUUCAAAUUUAAGUUAAUAUAAAAUUGUACUCAAUGUCUCUAUUUCUUAAUUUAAUUAUAUUUUAAAUUAUUUACUGAUUAUUAAUAAAAGCCUUUUUAAAAUCCUGGUUGUACAGAUAUAAUUUAACAUAUACUUAAAUCGCUGACUGUACCUACUAUAAUAUUAUGACCCUAAUGAUUUGAUACUGUAUUUUGUGAAUGUUAAUUAUAAGUUUGUUUUU